CCGAUUCGAGAUUGGCGUUCUGUGAACAAACAACAGCCAUUUCCAGCACACAUCAUGGCGGGCAACUCCUCCCACCCUAUCCACAUCCACCCGGUCCGACCGCUCUACCGCUUCACUGCGACUGCAUUGGGCGCGAGCAUGUGGUUCUUCCUCAUGUACCGGGCCAAGAAGGAUGGUCCCGCUCUGUUGGGCUGGAAGCACCCUUGGGACCACUGAUCCGAAUACAAUCGUCGAUUUCAUUUUUAUUGCGCAACC